UACAAGGGAAGGUUAUAACGGAAAAUGGGAACGGUUUUUAAAAGAUAUACAAACUUACAAAGUGAAAAUAACGAACGUGAAUUGUAAGCAAAUAAUCACCGCUACAACCACCACCACCAUCGGAGAACCAGAUCCACGAACAGAGCGGUGCUCGACACCCCACGACUUGGGCUAACCGUAUACACCCACGUGGCAGCAUGAUUUUCUUGACUGAGGUCCCACUCCAGUUCUUGGAAGAUUAUUAGAUGCCUCUACGCAGACUCUGUUUAUUCGGUUUCUGCGUUGAGAAAUCCCAUUUUAUUUCUGAUGCUGAUUUGCUGAUUGAUCUUUGUGCGUGUGCGUGAGAUAGACAUGGGAAGUUGUGUUUCGAAGCCUGAGGGGUGUGUUGGUGGAAGAUUGAGGUCCUCCAAGAAGAAGAACCGCAAGAGAAAGAAAAGAGUUGCGUCUCGCUUAUCUGAUGGAUCACUUGAACACCCUGCGCCACUUGAUCGUCGUUCAUCUUUCUCUAACCCCGCUUUGCAAGCAGGAAGUCUUGAUGAAGCUUGGUUUGAUACAGUUGCAAAAUUUGAGUCUGAUUGUGAUGAUGAUUUUCAGAGUGUUCAGGAUGAUGUGUUAUCUCUAAAUGGUUCUGAAGGACUGUCCAGAUCAAGUAAUGCUUCUCCAAGAGAUGCUAAUUAUCGAGCUGACCAGUUGCUGAGACCAGGGGACUUAUCAGCUGGAAAUUCUGCUCGCAAUUCUGUCAGUGAGGUUGGCAAAAAUUCGAAUAUUCGGGUCUCAAGCUCUGGUAAUGUUGAUCCCCAAUCAAAAUCAGACGGGCUUUCUAACGAAGGAAAGCAACCUGUGUUCCUUGAUGAGAUCUCAUCCUCUGUGGAUGAGGGUUCUGGCAAGGAUGACGGAUUGUUGGAUAAUUGUGGGAUUCUUCCUAGCAAUUGUUUGCCUUGUCUUGCUUCUACUGUCCCCUCAGUUGAAAAGAGAAGAUCACUAAGCUCUAGUCCACCAAGGCCAUGGAAAAAGGCUGCUUCAAAACUUUCCUUUAAAUGGAAGGAUGCACAUGCUAAUGCUACUCUAUUUUCUUCAAAGAGGCUUCUGUCAAGGCCUGUAGCAGGUUCUCAAGUACCUUUCUGCCCAAUAGAAAAGAAGAUGCUUGAUAGUUGGUCACAGAUUGAGCCAAGUUCUUUUAAAGUUCGAGCUGAGAAUUACUUUAGGGACAAGAAGAAGGAUUUUGCUUCUAACUAUGCUGCAUAUUAUCCAUUUGGUGUUGACGUAUUCUUAAGUCAGCGAAAAAUAUAUCAUAUAGCUCGCUUUGUGGAACUUCCUGCCGUUAGUUCAAAUGGGAAGCUCCCAACUAUCCUUGUUGUAAAUGUCCAGGUUCCAUUAUAUCCUACCGCAAUUUUUCAAAAUGAAACUGAUGGUGAAGGGAUGAGUUUUGUUUUGUAUUUUAAGCUUUCUGAUAGUUACGCCAAAGAACUUCCACCACAUUUCCAAGAAAAUCUCAGAAGGUUAAUUGAUGAUGAGGUUGAAAAGGUCAAAGGCUUUCCUGUAGAUACAAUAGUACCUUUCCGGGAAAGGUUGAAAAUAUUGGGCCGUGUUGUGAAUGUGGAAGAUCUUCAUUUGAGUGCAGCUGAGAGAAAACUUAUGCAGGCUUACAAUGAAAAGCCUGUUCUUUCACGCCCACAACAUGAGUUUUUCUCCGGAGAAAAUUACUUCGAGAUUGAUAUAGAUAUGCACAGAUUUAGUUACAUUUCUAGGAAAGGUUUUGAAGCAUUUCUGGACAGACUGAAGCUGUGUGUCUUGGAUGUUGGCCUCACAAUUCAGGGGAACAAAGUUGAAGAGUUGCCAGAGCAGAUCUUGUGUUGUAUACGGUUAAAUGGUAUUGAUUACAUGAAUUAUCAACAACUAGGGCACAGUGAAGAGGCCCUCUGAUUAUAAGUUUGUCAAAACAAUGUAAGGCUGAAAGUAGUAUCCAUUAUCCAAUGAAAAAUUAAUUUUCAGAGAAA